AUGGUGGCUACAAAACAAUCAUCAUCAUCAUCAACAUCAACAUUACCAUCAGUAUCAUUUUCAUUGAUUCGUAAAAUUUAUUCAUAUUUAUUCUGCAAUUGGACACGUGCAAAUCAUCAUAAUCAUAAUCAUAAUUAUCAUAGACAUGGAUGUCGUAGACAUCAUCAUCAACAUUAUCCCGAUACAACGGCUAUAACAAUUCCAAUGUCGAUGGAAUCAUCAAAGACAACAACAACAACAACGAAUAUUCCGUGCCUUUACUGCAAAUCCUGUUUUAUCACAACAACAACAACAACAACAACAACAGCAGCAACAACAACGACAUUCUUCAAUACAAAAUCCAUACAUUUUGAAGAACAUGUUUGUAGCAGUAUCGAUAUAAGAAAUACGGUGGCCAAUUUUCGUCUAUUAGAAAACUGUACUGUUGUAGAAGGUUUUCUUAAAAUUGUACUCAUUGAUAAUGGCAAACCGAUUGAUUACGAAAAUAUAACUUUUCCAAAAUUACGUGAAAUAACCGAUUAUUUGCUUGUAUUUCGUGUUAGUGGCCUAUUAUCAUUGGUUAAAAUGUUUCCAAAUUUAUCGGUUAUACGUGGCCGUACAUUAUUACAUAAUUAUGCAUUUGUCAUCUAUGAAAUGUUAUCAUUACAGGAGAUUGGUCUAAAAAGUUUAACAAAUAUUGUACGUGGCGAUAUACGUAUUGAAAAGAAUCCAAAUCUUUGUUUUGUUGAUACGGUAGAUUGGAGCCGUAUAGCUAAACAUUUUUUGAUCUCGAAAAAUAAAGAUCACAAAUCUUGUCCAAAUUGUGAUGAAAAAUGUCCACGUGUUAGUGCAAGACGUAUUGAUGGUAAAGUAAUUGGUGAUAGUGAUAAUCGUGUUUGUUGGACACGUGAUAUUUGCCAAAAACAUUUUUGUUUAACCGAAUGUGAAUCAAUGAAUCGAACAUGUGCAAGAACAGGUGAAUGUUGUCCUGAACAAUGUCUUGGUGGAUGUAUACGCGAUCUUAAUCAUAAUAAUAACGAUGAUGAUAAUGAUAAUAAUGAUGAUCAAAUGAAUUGGAAAUGUUUUUCUUGUAAAAAAUUUCGUUAUCAAAAUCGUUGUUAUGAUACAUGUCCAAAUGGUAGCUAUGCUUAUUUGAAUCGUCGUUGUUUAAGUAAAGAUGAAUGUCAUCAAUUGUCAGCAAAAUUAUCAACUGGUUAUCAACGUUAUCGUUUCAAAGCAUUUGGUGGUGAAUGUGAUCAUCAAUGUCCAGUUGGUUAUGAAGAAGAUCAAAAUGAUUCAAACAAAUGUGUUAAAUGUGAACAUACAUGUCCAAAAAUUUGUGAAAGUACACAGAUAAACAACAUUGCCAGUGCACAAGCAUUAAAAGGAUGUACGAAAAUAAAUGGUAGCCUCGAAAUAUACAUCAAUGAUCAGGAUUCACAGAUUGUACAGGAAUUACAAGAAUAUCUUAAAGAUUUGGUUGAAAUAACCGGAUAUCUACGAAUUGCUCGUUCAUUUCCUUUGAUAACAUUGAAUUUUUUACGAAAUCUUAAAUUAAUACGUGGAGAUUCAUUGGAACGUAAUUCAUAUUCAUUGCUUAUAUUUGAUAAUCCAAAUCUACAAGAUUUAUGGCCAUUUAAAUCAGAUGAAUUUAUGAUCAACAAUGAAAAACGUAUCCGUAUACAACGUGGACAGAUAUUUGUACAUUUGAAUCCAAAAUUAUGUUAUCAAAAAAUUCUUUCAAUGAUUGAUUAUGUUGAUGGUUUACAUCAACCAUGGGAUGAACGUGAUGUAUCAUCACAUUCGAAUGGUGAUAAAGUUCCAUGUAAUGUAUCCGUGUUAGAUGUACGAAUCAAACAAAGUGGUCCGGAAAUGGUUAUUAUUGAAUUUGAAAAUUUUGCCAACAAAAUGGAAGAUCAACGUUCAUUAGUUGGAUAUUUAAUCUAUACUCGUGAAGCUGAAAAUAAAAAUGUAACCAUUUUUGAUGGCGUCAAUGCCUGUUCAAAUAAUGAAUGGACUGUUCGUGAAUAUGAUAUUGUUGAAAAUGAUAAUAAUACUCAUCAUGAACAUUUGAUUACAAAUCUUAAACCAUUUACACAAUAUGCAUUGUAUAUAAAAACAUAUACAAUUAAUACAGCUAAUAAAGGUGCACAAAGUGAUAUUAAAUAUUUUACAACAAAACCUGAUACACCCUCACAACCACUAAAUUUAUGGGCAAAAGCAAUGAAAUCUACUGAAAUCAUUCUAAGAUGGGAACCACCAUCCAAACCGAAUGGUCUUGUAAAAUCAUAUAAAGUAACUGUGACAGAAGAAAAAUAUUCAAAUUUUUUUCAUAUGGAACGUGGAUCAAUACAAUGUGGUAAACGUUCAUCAAGUCAAAUGACUAGUCCAGCUGUUGUUGUUUUACCAAAAACAUCGACAGCAUCGAAUAUAACAUUAACAUCAAAACAAUGUUGUAGCUGUAAUAGUAAAAAUAAUAAUAAAAAACCAAAACAAACGAAUAAUGAUGGUGGAAAAAGUCAGAUUAAAUUUCGACCAAAUGAUGUUGAACAAAGUAUUUCUUUUGAAGAUACUUUGUUAAAUAUUGUAUAUGUUAAAAGGAUGGAUAAAUUAUCAAUCACUAAUGUUGAUGAAGAUCUUAGAAUGAUAAACGGUGAUAAUCGUAGCCGUCGACAUAUUAAAGAUGAAAACUUUGAUAACAUAAAAAAUAAUUCAUCAAUAAUUGAAAAUGAAAUUGAUGAUCAUCCAUUUUCAAUUGUAGAUAAUAAAUUGAAUCAUCAUCAUAAUGAUAGUGAUGAUGAUGGUGAUGGUCAUGACGAUGAAAAUUUAUUGACCACAUCUAAUAACAUUCCACAAACAACAACAUCAUUUGAUAUGAAUUCAACUACUGAAUCACCAUUAUUACAACCAUCAGCCACUAAUGAAACUUUGUCAACAUUUCAAUCAAAAGUAACAGUCUUUACUGAAUAUGCUCAAAUCAAAGAUCUUAAACAUUAUACUGAAUAUAUUAUCGAAGUUGUAGCAUGUCAAGAUGACAGUAAAGAACGAAAAUUUUGUAGUGUAUCGGCAAUAACAUCAAUUAAAACAUUACCAUUGCCUGGUGCCGAUGAUAUUAAUAAAACAUUCAUAUCAUAUUCAUUUGAGAAUAGUACAUCAAGUUCAUUAUCAUCGGUAACACUACGUUGGCGGCCACCGACCGAUCCGAAUGGUUUUAUACUUAGCUAUGAAAUUGAAUAUCAAUCUGAAGAAUUUCCAAAACAAUUUAUUUGUAUCUCAUCAAAUGAUCAUCAUCGUAAUGAUAAUGGUUAUAAUAUCAAAUUACCAUCGGGUAAUUAUUCGUUUCGUUUGCGUGCACUUUCGUUGGCCGAUUAUGGAAAUUGGACCGAACCAAUCUAUGUUUAUAUUGAAGAACCGGCUAACGCUAAUUUUAAAUUUGUGAUUAUCGCCAUAUUCAUCAUAUUCAUUUUGACAAUAAUCAUAGCUAUUGUGUAUUAUAAAUAUCGUGUCAAUCAGAACAAAUUGGACUACAUUUCGGUCAAUCCAGAUUAUAUUAAUUCCAAUUUUAAUUAUAAAUUGGAUCCGAAAUGGGAGAUACCACGUGAUAAAAUAACUUUGAUCCAUGAGCUUGGUCAAGGCUCAUUUGGUAAGGUUUAUGUGGGUGAAUUUAUCAAAGAUAAAUUGACCAUUCGUUGUGCGGUGAAAAAAUUGAAUGAAAAUAAAGGUGCUCGUGAUCGUGCCAAUUUUCUUAAAGAAGCUGAAAUUAUGAAAUCAUUCACAGAUUGUCAUCAUGUGGUCAAAUUAAUGGGAAUAUGUUCCAAAGAUCAACCAUUUUUAGUGUUAAUGGAAAUUAUGCCUAACGGUGAUCUGCGUAAUUAUCUCCGUAAAAAUCGACCUGAUGAUCAGGAAAAUUUGAAUCCAUCGCCACCUACAUUGUUGCAAAUUUAUCGAAUGUCCAUCGAGAUAGCUGAUGGUAUGGCGUAUUUAGCAUCUAAAAAAUUUGUUCAUCGUGAUCUAGCUGCACGUAAUUGUAUGCUAUCUGAAGAUUUGACAGUUAAAAUCGGUGAUUUCGGAAUGACUAGAGAUAUCUGUGAAUCAGAUUAUUAUCGUAAAGGUGAUAAAGGAUUUUUACCAGUACGAUGGAUGAGUCCAGAAUCAUUGAAGGAUGGUAUUUUCACUACUUAUUCCGAUGUUUGGGCCUAUGGUGUGGUGCUAUGGGAAAUUGUUACUUUAGGUUCACAACCAUAUCAUGGAAUGUCUAAUGAAGAAGUUCUCAAAUAUAUCAUGGAUGGUAAUCAUAUGAUUGAACCAGAAAAUUGUCCAAAAGUCAUGUGGCAGCUCAUGUUAUUAUGUUGGAAUAAGAAACCAAAAUCACGACCAACAUUCCUGCGUUUAAUACAGAUCAUGUUGAAUCAUAUAGCCGAAAAGGAAACAUUCCUUAACGUCAGUUUUUACAAUAUUGAUAGAUUGAAAGCAGAAGAAAAGAAUAAUAAUGAUAAUGAUCAUCAUAAUAAUCAGCAACAGAAAAAUGUUGGAAAAGAAACGAAUAAUAAUAAUAAUAAUAACCAAAAAGAUGAAACUUUAGUACCAUUGAAUGGUUCACAUACAAGUAGCUCGAUCUGUUCAUCAUCAUCAUCAUCAUUAUCAUCAACUCCAUCAUCAAGUGAUGACGAAGAUGAUGAUGAUAAACAACUCAAUGAUGAUGAUAUAGAUGUACAAUUUUUUCCAUUAAGCGGUAAAGAAAUAUUUGAUGCAGAUCAUCCAACCAUACAACAGACAAGACGAUUAUCUAUACCGAAUGAUACAGCUACAACCAACACUACAUUAAACAUUUGGAAUGAUAAUGAUAGUGGUGUCAAAUUAAAUAACGACAAUAGUAAUCAAUUGAAUCAACAACCAGUUUCAAAACCAGAAACAGUUGUUGGUACUGCCCAUCAUAAUAGUUAUCCAAUGGAGAUAUUUACACAGCAAAAAUCGAAUAAAUUAACCAUAAAUCAACAAACCGAACAGCAGCAUCAGCAGCAGCAUAAUGGUGAUUAUCAUGAUUCACCACAAAGUUCAUCUGAAAUAUUGAAUACAACAUCAAAUGAAUUGAAUCCAGUAACGAAGAUGAAAAUGAAUUAUCAUGAUCAUGAUCAUCAUAUUCAUAAACGUCAUAUUAAUGUUCCUACCACCAAUAAUAAAACGACAACAAAUUGUAAUAUUAUCAAUGGCCAUUUUAUCGAUACAUCAAUGGUAUGAUGAAUUAAUUGAUCAAGAAACAUUCUUUGAUCAUUGAUUAUCGAUAAUUUUACUCAUCAAUUGUAAUUAUACUCAUCAUCAUCAUGAUCAUCAUGAUCAUCAAAAUCAUCAUCAUCUUGUAUAAAGUACAUUGAUCCAUCAUCAAAAAUGACAAUUGAAACAAAAAAACACACUCAUUACUCAUACAACCGCCAUAUAAAAAUAAUCAAUUCAGAUGAAUUUUUCUUAUCAUUCCCAGAUUAUUUAUUCAAAGAGAUUCUCUGGUAAGAAAUUCUCUUUUUACAUGAAAAAAACAUUCGAUAAAAAACAAAGAAAAAAACUCGUGAAAUUUUUUUUUUUGUGAAACACGUCGUUUAUACACAUGGUGACAACAACAACAACAAACAAACAAACAAA